AUGGAGAUCUGCACUUACUUCAAAUCCCAGCCCACAUGGCUCCUCGUCCUCUUCGCCCUCGGCUCCAUCUCCAUCCUCAAGUUCACCCUCACCCUCCUCACAUCCCUCUACAUCUACUUCCUCCGCCCCGGCAAGAACCUCCGCCGCUACGGAUCCUGGGCCAUCAUCACCGGCCCCACCGACGGCAUCGGCAAAGCCUUCGCCUUUCAGCUCGCCCAGAAAGGCCUCCACCUCGUCCUCGUCGCCCGCAACCCCGACAAGCUCAAAGCCGUCUCCGACUCGAUCCAAGCCAAGCACAGCACCACCCAGAUCAAGACCGUCCUGAUGGACUUCUCCGGAGACAUCGACGCAGGCGUGAGGCGGAUCAAGGAGGCGAUCGAAGGUCUGGAGGUUGGGAUUCUGAUCAACAACGCGGGGGUUUCGUACCCUUACGCUAAGUACUUCCACGAGGUUGAUGAGGAGCUGCUUGGUAACUUGAUUAAGAUCAAUGUCGAGGGGACUACCAAGGUUACUCAGGCUGUGUUGGUGAAUAUGCUGAAGAGGAAGAGGGGAGCUAUUGUUAACAUGGGGUCUGGUGCUGCUGCUCUUAUCCCUUCCUAUCCUUUCUACUCUGUUUAUGCCGGCGCUAAAACGUAUGUGGAUCAGUUCUCAAGGUGUCUCCAUGUUGAGUACAAGAAAAGUGGGAUUGAUGUUCAAUGCCAGGUACCCUUGUAUGUUGCUACAAAGAUGACCAAGAUAAGAAGGGCAUCUUUCUUAGUUGCAUCUCCAGAGGGUUACGCAAAGGCAGCACUGCGUUUUGUAGGCUACGAACCACGUUGCACACCUUACUGGCCUCACGCCCUCAUGGGUUAUGUUGUCUCUGCAUUGCCCGAAAGCGUUUUUGAAUCCUUUAACAUUAAGAGGUGUCUCCAGAUCCGGAAGAAGGGCAUGCUUAAGGACUCCAGUAGUAAAAAGGAGUAA